AUGCUUUCCUCCCAACCGGCAUCGCAUUUCUUAAACCUCUUCGGUGGCCGCUCUAAGUCCCACCUCCGUGUAGGCGAAAAGAUGUUCUGCUUCCAAUGCCAGGAAACAAAUAACAACACAGGCUGCACAAAGAAGGGUGUUUGCGGCAAGCAAGCUUCCACAGCUAACAUCGAAGAUGAAAUGGUCCAAAUCGUUAAGGAAAUUUCUAUCGCUCUCGGUGAUGGCGCCGUUUCCGUCGAGAUGGGCGAACUCUUAAACAAGACACUCUUCAUGACCAUCACAAACGCUAACUUCGAUGAUAUCGCUCUCAAGAGACAGCUUGACUAUUGCAAGGAGAUCAAGUCUAAGCUCACAAAGAAGAACAUCACAGCUCCACUUGGUGUUAACUCCCAUUCAAAUCCAGAUGUUGUUUCACUUCGUGAAAUGAUUCUUUACGGCGUCAAGGGUAUGGCCGCUUACAUCGAUCAUGCUGCUAUGAUCGGUUUCCAUGAUCCAGAAAUCUACGCCUGGCAAGUUAAGACACUCGCCAAGCUUUCUAAGGAAGAAGACAUCAACAACCUUAUCGCCCUCACAUUAGAAACAGGCAAGUACUGCGUCAAGGGUAUGGAACUCCUCGACAAGGCCAACACAUCUCGCUACGGCAAGCCAGAGAUGACAAAGGUCAACAUUGGUGUUGGCACACGCCCAGGCAUCCUUGUAUCCGGUCACGAUCUUAGAGAUCUUGAAGACCUCCUUGAGCAGACAAAGGAUUCCGGUGUCGAUGUUUACACACACGGUGAAAUGCUUCCAGCUCAUGGCUAUCCAUUCUUCAAGAAGUACCCACACCUCCGUGGCAACUACGGUGGCCCAUGGUUCCGCCAGGAUCGUGAAUUCGGCCCAUUCAACGGCCCAAUCCUCAUGACAACAAACUGCAUUGUCCCAGUCCGCAAGGAGUACAAGGACCGCAUCUUCACAACAGGCGCUGUCGGCUGGCCAGAACUCAAGCACAUCCCAGACCGCAAGGAUGUCAACGGACAGAAGGACUUCUCAGAGAUCAUCGCUCUCGCUAAGACAUGCCCACCACCAAAGGAGCUCGAAAAGGGACAGGUCACAGUCGGUCUUGCCCACGAUCAGGUUCUCGCCGUCGCUGACAAGAUUGUCGAGGGCGUCAAGAACGGACAGAUCAAGAAAUUCGUCUGCAUGGGUGGUUGCGAUGGCCGCCAUAAGGAACGUGACUACUACACAAAGGUUGCUAAGGCACUUCCAAAGGACACAUUAAUCCUUACAGCUGGCUGCGCUAAGUACCGCUACAACAAGCUCGACCUUGGCGAAAUCAACGGCAUCCCACGUGUUAUCGAUGCUGGCCAGUGCAAUGACUCAUACUCCCUUGCUAUUAUUGCCCUCAAGCUUAAGAAAGUCUUUGGCCUUGACGAUGUCAACAAGCUCCCACUCGCUUUCGAUAUCGCUUGGUACGAACAGAAGGCCGUCUGCGUCCUUCUCGCUCUCCUCUUCCUCGGAUUCAAGAACAUCCGUGUUGGCCCAACACUUCCAGGCUUCCUUUCUCCAAACGUUGCUAACGUUCUUGUCAAGAACUUCGGCAUCAAGGGAAUUGGCUCAAUUGAGGAUGAUCUCAAGGAUAUCCUUCAGUAA